UCGGACUCGUGAUUUCGGAAUUUUUUUUCUAUCAGACCUGCUAUUAAUAAUAUCUAAUAAACUUACAAAUUUUUAAUAUCUUUUGAGGAUUUAUAUAGAUGGAGGCUUCACUCUGUAUUUAUAGUUGGAAGAUCCUGAAUGUUUUGGUCUGACCAGAUUGACGUGUCCUACAGCACAAGUAGUAGUGGUUCAAUGGAGUUAGCGGACAGAGCUGUUGGGCUGCUUUUGACAUUGACUAGUUUGUCCAUUUUCACAUAUUAUACCUUCUGGGUCAUCAUUCUGCCUUUAGUUGAUAGCGAUCAUUUCGUGCACAAGUAUUUUCUACCGCAAGAAUAUGCAAUUCUCAUACCUGUAUAUGCUGGAGUGGCACUCAUCUGCUUAUUGAGCGUGUUUAUUGGAUAUGUUAUGCUCAAAUCCAUGAAGAAGAAGGCAUGAUAUGGCCAUGUCAAAUCCAUUUUUGUUCUAUACUAAUUUCAUGAUUACUGAUAAUCUCUUGUGUUUUUAACUCUUCUCAUUUUGAGCAGCCAGUGUCAUAGAUCACAUAGAUGUCUCUCUAUUCUUGAGUUCACUAUAACCUCUAGAUAUGUUUUUUAGUUAUACAGACAUUAAACAAAACAUGGUCACUUUUGUUUCAAUCGGUGUAAUUAUUCACGUCUCUGCCAAAAAAACACUAGUGAUUUCUUCUUA